AUGUGGAAUUUUCAUAACCGCUUCCACAACGGUGACCUCGUACUCAUCAUUAACCUUGCUGCUGGCCUCAGCAUCUUCUUUUUUGGCUAUGAUCAAGGCGUGAUGAGCGGUGUCAAUAUAUCACCCGACUAUAUCAAUGUUAUGGGACUCCGAGGAAGGGAUGCAUUGUUAGGCGGCAUUGUAGCAGUCUAUUACUUUGGAACCCUUAUUGGAGCCUUGAUCGGUGGAUGGAUAGGUGAUAAGAUCGGUCGUAUUCGCACAGUGGUGGUUGGCUCUCUUAUUGCCAUUCUCGGUGCCGUUUUACAAACAGCUGCCCAAAACGUCGCUUGGAUGAUGGCUUCUCGUAUCAUUACAGGCAUUGGGACAGGCCAUUUAAAUGCCAUUGUGCCAGUGUGGAGUGCUGAAACAAGCCAUCAUACUAGUCGUGGUAUGUUUAUCGCCAUGGAGUUCUCGCUCAAUAUUUUUGGCGUCGUUGUGGCUUACUGGUUGGAUUAUGGUAUGAGCUAUACCGAGGGAGGCAUUCGAUGGCGGUUUCCUAUUGCUUUUCAAUUGGUGCCCUUGGUAUUCCUUGCUAUUGGUAUAAACUUCUUUCCAGAAUCCCCUCGAUGGCUUGCUCGUGUGGGUCGCCACCAAGAAGCCAUCGAUAUCCUUAGCUCUUUAAGAGGCAAUGGUGAUCCGGAUCAUCCAGACGUCCAAAAGGAAUACCAUCAAAUCGUUGAAGCUACCCAAGCUGAAGCUGCAGAAGGUGAUCCCACCUAUUGGGACAUGCUGUUUAAGUAUGAUGAGUUCAACAUCCCACGACGUGUGCAUCUUAGCAUAUGGCUACAAAUCCUUCAAGAAUUAGCAGGCAUCGGGAUCACGGUAUAUGCACCCACUGUGUUUAUCAAUGCAGGCUUCUCGGAACGUGUCUCGCAAUUGCUAUCAGGAUUCAACAACAUGUUUUAUAUGGUUUGCACCAUUGUUCCGGUUUUUACGGUUGACCGCUUAGGACGAAGAUUCACUUUAUUCUACGGAGCGGUGCUACAAGGCAUUUGCUUGAUCCUUGUUGCCGUCCUUACGAAACCCGACAUUAUGGGUAUGAAUCCUGAAGCUUUUGGUAUUGGUGCCACAGUCUUUACGUUUGGAUACACCGGCGUAUUUGGAAUGACAUGGCUUUGCGUACCAUGGUUGUACCCUGUUGAGAUCUAUCCCACCAAUGUCAGGGCAAGGGGUGGUGCUUGGAGCGUAGUUGGAUGGUCGAUUGGUAACGCCCUUAUCAUGGAAAUCACACCGCCUAUGCUUUCAUCAUUGGGAUGGGCAUCCUUUUUGGUAUUCGCCGGGCUUAACUUUUUAACCAUUCCUAUUGUAUGGGCAUUCUAUCCUGAAACAAGCAACAAGCGAUUGGAGGAGCUUGAUGUUGUAUUUUCUACAAAGUCAAUAUUGGUAUACAAAGCUGAAAAGGAGCUCAAGGAACGACAAGCCAAAGGCCAAGUCGCCUAUGGAGAUGGCAUACCCAGUGGCACAGAAGAAAAGAAGGCAUCCAGCUCGAAAUCAUAG